AUGCUUAAAUUACGGCCAAUCUCUUCCCUUGUAGACAGUAUGACUAAAAUUAUAGUGGCAGGGCUUAAGCCAUUACAAAAGAUUACACUGAGAGCCAACAUAGUCGGCGACGGCGGAGAAAUCUUUCAAUCUCACGCCCACUACAUCGCUGAUAAACACGGUGGAGUUGAUGUUGAUCGUGACUCGUCCCUGGGAGGAUCUUACAGCGGUGUUGAACCCAUGGGAUUGUUAUGGAGCAUGAAACAGGCUCCAGAACAGAAAAAGGGUCUUCGCCUUUACAAAAGAGAUGUUACCAAACCGUAUAACGGCGUCUUAAGCUGCUUUGAUGGUCAUGUAACUCCGCACCAAGAACAACCUGAGUUGCAGCCACUAUCAAGCACCACAUUUCAGAGGUGGUACAUGGCAGAUGGAGUGAAAAGAAUACCUGUAAGAGAAGGACGAAUCCGAGGAACGCUGUUUCUUCCUCCUGGUGAAGGACCAUUUCCUGGUAGGUAUUCAUUUAUUAUCCACAGCCAGUUCGUAAUCGCAGAACUAGUGUGCCCGACUGGUUUUCUAGAAGCAAGCAGCCAUUAGACACCUUUAAGGGGGGCCAUAAUUUGUGAGCCUUAAAUCUUAUGUUGAAUAUUAAUUUAAAAUAAUAAUUUGUUCUUACUUUAGUUAAAUUAAGCAAUAAUGAAAAAAACAUUAGCGAUGAUUCAAGAAGUAGUUGCUAGUUAGAAAUCCAAAUGUCCAAUUCACUUUGCUGUCGCGUUUCUCGAUGACACAACCGCUAAUAUUUGUUUUUUCUUACUUCUGUAAAGUUUACAAGAAUUACUUGUGGUUUAAAAAUAUAAAAAGAUAUAAGGCGUUAAUUUCAAGGAUGACAGAUUUGGCUGAUUUUUGCUCAUAUCUUGCUGGCAAACAUUAAAUUGUAAAAUCUACUCUAUACAUGACGCACUAGAGGUUUUGGUGAUCGUUUAUUAAUAAAAUCACAGGGUGCUGCCUUCUAUUCUUUCCGCACACUUGGACACAAAGUCACGAUUUCCCAAUUUUUCGCAACUGUGGCUUAAAGCAUUACCGUAAGGCUCGAUUUACUAAAUAAAAACAACCCUUCUAAACUUCCACCAUUUUACGGUGUCUCUUUAAAAAUUUAUCUAAAUCGCCUGUAAAACAGCCGAAAUAUAAACGUUUUAAGAGAUGUAGUGCAAGCAAAAUUUUGCCUUGUGAAUUUAUUCAUAGAUUGGUGUUCCCCGCGGCCUUAAGUACGCGCAUUCGCCGCGCAUUCGCGUUUGCCUUCUGGUCCCUCCCGUGACCUUAUUACAGUUUUUGCCAUUUCUUGCAUACCUAUAGUCGUGGCUUUUUCUAACACUAAUUUAAGCUAGUAACGUUGCCGUUCCAGAGAAUGUUUCAAUCAUGGUGGUAUGUAGAUUCAUUGGAAACAAUUAGCACAACGUCAAAACAAUGAUUAUCGCUAGGCAGAUUUUUUUGGCCUAUUCGUAACUAAAGCUACAAUCAUGGACAAAAGUCUUGGGACAGUUGUACAGGUCGAAUGCUUUUUAACACACGCGAAAUUGCGAUCCGCGCGCUACUAACACUGUACAUUCCUACCCCCUACCCCCACCCCACGGAGUGUGUUGAAACCGUCAAAGCACAAUUCCUUUGAUCUUUCAACAUUGUAUUGGGUUGGUAGGGAGAAGGGGACAUGGAUUUGUAAAAUGACAGCACUGCUUUUUGCGACAUUACUUGUGAAACGCAUUAAAUUGAAGUUACGCUCUGACUGUCAAUUCUGUGCGUUUCACAAGUAAUAGAGAUCUUUAGCAUCAGGCAAACCGCAAACCGCAGUUUGCAGUUACGCUUUUGCAGUUUCGCGUUGCCGAGAUUUCAUAUUUUAGCAAGGCGUUCAGUUCAGUUCAUUUCAUUUUUAUUUAGCCAAAAUAUAUAUAGGUUAUUCACCGGCUGGGAGGUCCGUAUUGGAAGAAACUGUGCCCGAGGUCUUGUUUCCAUUUUUGCUGUCUGAAUCUAGAUUCUGCCGUCUUUCAUUGAAUUUUGCCUCGCUAGUUUUCCACUUUUCAGAAAAGGUUGUUGUCAACGAUUGCAUGUAGCUUUCAAUCGUGAAUAAACAACACGAACAACUUUUCCAGCAGUCGGUUAUCGCUGUUUUUAUUUCUUUGUUUAUAUACUUUUUUAGUUACUCACAUCGCCUUCUUUUAUUCGAAUUCACUUGAAAACCCUAAGAUUGGUAUGUGUAAUUAGCUCUUUUUAUAAAGCCUUUGUGCAGUUUUAAUCCCGCUCGAUUGAAUAUAAUUAAUUAAUCUUAAAGUAAAUAUUUAGCCGAAGAAAAUCUUUGAUGUAUUUUCUUUCCUGUGGCUUUUAAGUUCGUCAAUUCUUUUAUCCUUGUUUGACACUCAGAUUAUGAAUUGUCUACCAAGACACAAGAACUUUCUUUAUUCUAAAAGAGAGCUUAAUUGUGAUAAUAUAAAUUACAAGUUAAAAAUCAUGUUGUAAUGUUUUGUUUUGGUUUCCAAUCGAUCGCGCGCUUUGACUAACAUCAACACGAACGCGCCCUUCUUCAACACACAUAGGUUGGAGGCUGAAGUAAAAUUUCCCUGAAACUUUCAAAUCUCAGUAGGAAAAAAAUGAAAAUGUUAUUCACCGGCCUAGGUCGGUCCGUAUUGGGAGAAACUGUGCCCUCGGUCUGAGUACCGCCCUCGGCCUACGGCCUCGGGCGGUACUCGAGACCUCGGGCACAGUUUCUCCCAAUACGGACCUCCCAGCCGGUGAAUAACAUCUAUAUAUUGUACAUUACUUAUCAAUAAACUUCAAUAUUAAAAAAAAAAAGUCAGUGAAAGUUUGACACAUUACUCCAAACAUCACGAAAAUUACAUUAUGAGUUUUUUAAAGACUUGACAGAGCCGUUGAGAUAUAUCGAAAAGCGUUAAAAAUCAAGAUUUUGCAUAAAGUUGCUCUUGGAAUGGCGUUUAGACAAAACGUAUGUUUACAAAAUGGCAAAAAUGGAAACACACGAAAAUUUCCCAGCAUGGAAAUAGUGAUAAUGAACAGCACGGUGAUGCUACUUUAAAGUAACAUGGAUUGUUUGAAAUUUGCUGUUCGUUCAUUUAUCAUGACUAUUGAAUAUAUAUAAGGUUUGAAAAUUAUUUGCGUUUGAUAUGAAUUCAAACAUACAGAAUAUUUUUAUUCUCACUGAGGUUAUUUGCCAAACUCCACUAUAUAAGUUCCUGAUGUUGGAUUUUCCACGGCAGGGCAAGAUGUCGCAAAAUUCGUGUUUAACUGAUUUCAAAGAUCUUUGUUUAUCGUUGUCAUGGUAAGAUCGAUUUUAACCUUGCAAAUUCAUUUUGACAAACUUCAAUCUAAGGUUAGAGAGUGGUGAAAAUUUUGUGGCGACCGGACAAGGAUGAAAUCGCUUUUAAGGCGAUUGAAAAAUAUCGGUAUGUUUGGUAUGGUCUCCGAAAAAUUGUAUCGAGACACUUUAACUUUUCGAUAAUGAAACAGCGAAGGCAUAAAAAAAUCAUGUUUCGUUUAUUUUCCAGGUGUGAUAGACUUGCUUGGAGCCACCGGCGGAUUAGUGGAAUUCAAAGCUGCCCUACUGGCGUCUCAUGGAUUUGCAGCUCUCGCAUUGGCUUAUAUAGAUUAUGAUGACCUACCAGCCUUUCCACCGUACCACGAGAUGGAGUACUUUGAAGAUGCAGCUAAUUGGCUGAGCAGUCAUCCUAAGGUCUUACCGCAUGGGAUUGGUAUUCACGCCAUCUGCUAUGGAGCAAUGAUUGCUCUAAUGAUGGCAAACCUUCAAAUGAAACCUGUCAAAGCCAUCGCUGCCAUUUCUCCUCUCAUACAUGUGUACCCCACAGCCUUUAAGUACAAAGGAAGUUUCAUAUCAGAGGUAGCCCACUUUGAUCAAAGUAAAAAAGUACAGGUGAAAGAUGGAAGCAUCUGUCGUAAUGUUUUUCCAACAGCCACUAAUUCAAAUAUUCCAGAGUCAAAGUACCCCUACCUUGCACCAGUUGAAAAUCUUUCCUGUCCGCUCCUGCUUGUUUAUGGAACUGACGACCUGAAUGUUGAUGCCACUUUUUCGGUAAAUCUGAUAAGAGAUCGUUUAAGGAAGCAGGGCAAAGAAAACCAGUAUUCUGUCUUACGCUAUCCUGGUGCAGGGCAUCUCAUUGAGCCACCUUACACACCGCACUUUUAUGCCACCUACGCAAAACGUGCAGGAGCAGUGACGGGCGACCACCACAUAGUGUGGGGAGGGGAGACAAAUUGUCACGCUAGAGCACAAGAGGGCGCUUGGCCAGAGAUUAUUGGAUUCCUGAGAAAUAACAUCAGUUUGCAGAAACCGGAAACGGGCUUUGAGGAAGUCUACGCUUCCGGGAGCCUUCGGUAG